AUGUCGGACUUGGGCUCGGAGGAGCUAGAGGAAGAGAGGGAGAACGAUCUUGGGGAGUAUGAGGGCGAGCGGAACGAGGCGGGCGAGCGGCACGGGCACGGCAAGGCAAGGCUGCCCAACGGCGACACCUACGAGGGCAGCUAUGAGUUCGGCAAAAGGCACGGCCAGGGCGUCUACAAGUUCAAAAACGGUGCCCGCUACAUCGGGGAGUAUGUCAAGAACAGAAAGCAUGGGCAAGGCUCGUUUGUCUACCCGGACGGCUCGCGAUAUGAAGGGGAGUGGGCUGAUGACCAGAGGCAUGGCCACGGCGUGUACUAUUAUGUCAACAAUGACACCUACACAGGGGAAUGGUUCAACCACCAGAGGCACGGGCAGGGCACCUACUUCUACGCGGAGACGGGCAGCAAGUACGUCGGUACCUGGGUGAACGGACAGCAGGAGGGCGCGGCCGAGCUCAUCCACCUGAACCACAGGUACCAGGGCAAGUUCAUGAACAAAAACCCCGUGGGCCCCGGCAAGUUCGUGUUUGAUAUCGGCUGCGAGCAGCACGGGGAAUACCGUUUAACCGACGUGGAGAGAGGAGAAGAGGAGGAAGAGGAGGAGGUGUUGGCAGCUGUCGUGCCCAAGUGGAAAGCCACCAGGAUCGCGGAGCUGGCCCUGUGGACACCGACACUCCCCAAGGAGCAGACCCCGCCCGAGGGGCCUGGGCAGGAGGAAGCCCCCCGAGCCGAGGGUACAGGGGAGGACAUGGAGGAGAGCCAGGGCCUGCCAGAUGGCUUGGAGGGCGACAUGGAGCUGAGGCCUGGGGACGAGGACGCGGACGUGUUCCGGGACGAUGCCCGCGACUAUGGUUAUGACAUGGACCAGGGAAAUGCCAGUCUGGAAGAGGAAGAAGGCCGGCAGGAGCUGCAGGACUGAGGCAGCCUGGGGGCCCAGCAGGGG